UGGCUAAGUACGUCGUUUUAUUAUUUCAAGUUUCAAACCACCAGCCAUUGAAGUUUGGAUGAUUAUUUUGUCCUUCCCAACUGAAACCCAUUGACAGACCUUCUUCUUCUUCCUCUCCAUGGCAAGAGGAGGCCAAACUUAAUUGAGAUUUUUCCCACUGAAUAUAUAUAUAUAUAUGUACUUGUUGUGAUAAUCAAUCAUGAAUCUCUAUGAUGGGUGCAAGGAGAUACUGAAGAUCCAAAAGUUUAGGAGAAUUGUAUCCUAUGCUGGGUUUUAUUGCUUUGUCACCGUCUUAAGCUAUGCUUACAACAGUAAUACGACUAGAGCUGGGUUCUCUAGAGAUGACCAAUUCUAUGCAUCUUACCCAGCUGGAACUGAGCUCCUAACUGACUCUGCUAAGUUAUAUAAAGCUGCACUUGGCAAUUGCUUUGAAGAGGAAGAAUGGGGACCUGUUCAAUGGUGCAUCAUGGCUAAACACUUCGAACGCCAAGGAAAAUCACCAUAUGCAUAUCAUGCACAAUACAUGGCGCACCUUGCCUCUCUUGGGCAAGUUGAUGGAAGUGGCUAGUGGAAGUAUACGAUACAAUUCCCCCGCGAGAAGUCUCACUCGUAUUUGUCGUGAGUCGUGGCAAUUGGAAGUUAUUAAUGCCUAAAGCGAAAGCAUUUAUCAGGGCAUGGUCUUGUAAUGCUAACAUUUUCUGUAGGACUUCUUUUCUUGAUAUCUAGAAGUUGCAUUAAACCACAUUUGUUCAUCUAGCUCGAAUGGCAUUCUUUGAAAGUCCUUUUGGUGACAAUGUUAAGCUGCAUUUUUUCAUUGCUUGCAACUACUUCUCAGAAAAU